CAGCUGAUAAUCAGGCGGAACCAAAGGAAAAUAUGGCGGCUUUACUGAGUCGGUUACAAGUUACAGAUUGUCUGACACUGUGUCACAGGGUGGUGGAUGGAUUGUGUGGCCGUGAGACUCCUCAUAGGGGUGAUUACAGCGCUACCUGGAGCCUGGAAGAGUGGCUGGACCUGCUCAGCUCGCUGACAGAGUUCUUUCGCAUGGCAGUGGGGAACAACUGCUCGGAUGAAGAGGCUGUGCUGAAUGUGUUGCGAGCCAGACAGGAUGAGAUCCGCCGUGCUCUACUGGACAGAACCACCUCCAUCUCCUCUUCCACUCUGCAGGACUUUGACUGGCAGCUUAAGUUAGCUGUGUCCAGUGAUAAGAUCUCAUCUCUCCACACUCCUCUGCUCAGUCUCAGUCUGGAUGUGAGAGAGAACGGAGCCCUCCAGCCUGUCACUGUGGAGAUAAACCGUGAAGAGUUAAACACACUCAUCAGUUCACUAGAGGCUGCUAAUAAGGUGGUGCUGCAGUUGAAAUGAUGCAAAGAUUGUGGACCACUCAUCUAAUUUAAUCCCACACCUACUAGAGGUUUGUCAUUUUGUCAAACUAAAAAAAAAAAGUUGCACCAUACUGUAUCAUUACCAUGUUUAAAUAAAUGUUUCUUUGCCUUUUGUUUUUUCUAAAACAAUUCCAUUUGAUAUUUGAUAGUAGGUAGCAGUGAUGCUGUCUUUUUUAGGUCUUCAUGAGGAGUGGUACCAUCAUACAUCAUAUUAGUAGGUAUUAUUAUUACUACAGGAGACUGCACUUAAUGUUUCACCUACUGAGAUAAUCAAUGGAAAAAAUAGGUCUCUGUGCAUCUUCCCAGUGGAUUUCUAUGGACCAUCAUCAAAGCAUCAAUAAACUCCAAAAUGAGACAUUUACCCACAGUUUGUCUUAAGGAUGACAUUAGGAGAAAACCAAAAGAGGUCAAUUGUGUUCACAUCCAACCUGAGGUGGGUACAGGUACAGGGCAAAGAUGAAGGAAAAAGAGAGGUUGUCUGUACACCGAACUAUGUAUAUUCACAUGUAUUGACUGCAACAUUUCAAUUUGUAUGAAUUUAAUAUGGCAAACAUCCAUAGGAACAAGAAACAAGAGUUGAAUGCAAUAAUUUACAUCUCCUCAUUUUGAAAUGGCAAAAAGAGUAAAGCAAAGAAUUUUUUCUCAACAUAAUAUUUAAUGCACAUUCAACUAGUACAACUUUCUUCCUCAACAGAAGUAACAAACUGGUCGGAGUGUAUAAAAAGAAAGUCAUGGUAAAAUAAUGAAAAUCAUAUCAGUGAAAAAGUUUGCAUCCCCUUUAUGAAAUGUUCUCUGUUACGUUGUAUGCCCUCCCUCACCUCUUCCAACCUCUCUGGGUUCCCUCUGAGCAGCAUUUGGAUUCAUUCUGGUGUAAUUUUAGCCCAUUCUUGUUCUGAGUCAACCAGAUUGCUUGGUUGUCUGCUGUGUACAGCCUUCUUCAAUGUAUUUCCACUUAGCUGUAUAUACCCAUCACAGUUUUCUUUGUUGAGAGAAAACACACAAUGUAUGCUAUGUUUAAAUUGAUAACUUGUUUUGUUUCAUCAUUAUCAUAAAUACUUGUAACUUGUCCAAAAUAAGCACUAUGCUACUGUUUUAGUUGUAGGUCCUCGAAAGACUUACAGUGAACAACUAAAUUGCAUUUUAUUAUUAUGGGCACCAUUGUGGUGCAGCAGUUAGCACUGUCACUUCACAUCAAUAAAGUUCUGUGUUCAAAUCCUGA